GUGAGGAACUGCGAGUCUGUAGCUUCUUUCAAGGCUCUCGUCAUUUCAUCGUCAGAAGAAGACGAUUCUUCAUCAUAUUCUUUCAUUAUUGACAUAAAAAUAUAAAACACAAGUAAUAAUUAUCUGAACAGUAAACAACACCUUGAGAGGGCGUUUGUAAAUUUGAGAAUAAGGUUAGAGCGGUUAGAGCGCAGGUCAAGAGCAUCCGAAUCUGACAACUGACAAACAAUAAGUGACAGUUAUCGUGUCAAGUGAAAUAUAACUUAUUAGAUCCGAAAAAAAUCAAUCGAGCCCUGCAAUGGAUCUCUCUAAAAUGCCCAACGACAAAAAAUUGUAUCUCUGCAAAUGGUACUUUCGAGGUGGUUUUGCCCUGUUACCAUUUUUAUGGGCUGUCAAUGCCAUCUGGUUCUUCAAGGAAGCCUUCAUACGACCCCAUUACGAGGAGCAGAAGACAAUAAGAAAAUAUGUAAUAUUAUCAGGGGUUGGUGCAUUAUUCUGGAUAGCUAUACUCGUAGCCUGGAUAAUAACAUUCCAGACGCAAAGAGCAGCUUGGGGAGAAUUCGGAGACAGCAUCAGUUAUAUCAUACCAGAAGGAAUGCCAUAACAAUUUCAUUGACCUCAUUUUUUGUACGAAAAAUAUUUAUUACAUAAUACAUUCAUUUGUUUACUUCUAAAUAAAGUGAUGCCCCAUGAUAUCAUGAGGCGAGGACUUAAAA